GCAUUCAUUUAUAACUUUGGUGGGCUACUCUGAUUUAAAAGCAGACUACUGGCUUUACCAGAGCAUGGGCAGACGUGACCUAGCACUGCAAACAAAAUGCUGCUUCUAGCUUCAGCUUUUGUUCUAACACUGCUGCAGGGCUCUAAUGCCCAAAACAAAACAAGUGUUACACCUGCAGACUGCAAUACCAUUGAAACAGAUGCAGGAGUGGCCUUGGAUUUGGUCAACAGACAUCGCAGAGAUGGCUAUGUUUUUGGUUUAUUCCGUGUUGCUGAUGCACACAAGCUACAUAUCGGAAAUUCCUCAGUCCUCUACUUAACUUUGGAUGUGUUGGAAACAGAAUGCCCUGUGUUAUCCAGAAGACAUUGGGAGUCUUGUGAAUACGGUGAAAUCUAUUCCACGGACUUCGGGCAAUGUAAGAUUAUCACAUAUACAAGCCAGCUGCUGAAGAAACCUCAACUAUAUGGAUUUAAUUGUACAUUGAGUCCAGUUCCUCCUGAUUUAUUAGAGUGCAAAGAUUGUCCUGUGAAAGUUGAAGUCUUAGAAGUCACUGAGCAGCAUAAAAAUAUUGCUGCAAAGGCCCUGAAGAAAUUCAACAGUGAGAGUAACCACACAAACUACUUCGAUGUGGACAAAGUUGAAAAGAUUUUAAAGAUGACUGCCUCACGUGAAGGUCACAUUUUAGGAUUCUCUAUAAAAGAGACCAACUGUUCCAAAUCCGCACAGCAAGCAGAGCCAACAUUGCAGUGUGAUUUUCUGGAUGACUGGCACGCUUAUGUGGGAUUCUGCAAGGCAAGAGUCAUCAGUGAUGCAGAGGAACCUGACGGAACAGAUAUCAGCUGUGAACUCUACAGUCCCUGGCAGCAUGACUAUGGGAAAAGAUGCAGACACCCAACUCCAGGACAGCCAUGCAAACGACCCCAUCCCCAUCAUCAUUUUGGUCACAAACAUCGUCACAGACACCAUCACAAGCAUGGAUGUCCACCCUCUUCUCAAUCCAGACCUGAAGAUCCUGAGCAUAACCAUAGUUUCAACAAACAACAUCAAGACAGCCAUGAAGGACCUGCUCCUCCUCCCCACCACAGUGGACCGCCUCAUCACUUUAACCCUCCACACCAUUGUCCUCCACCUCACCACUUUCACCAUCCACCCCAUUGUCCUCCUCCUCACCACUUUCACCCUCCACCUCCUCCCCAUUGUGGUCCACAUCACCAUCCUCCUCCUCCUCCUCCUCCCCAUGAUGGAACACAUCCUCCUCCCCAAGAGGAACCACAACAUCCUCCUUCUGCUCCUCCUCCCCACGAUGAGCCGCAUCAUCAUGCUCCUCCUUCCCAAGAGGAAUCACAUCAUCUCCCUUCCCCUCCUCUUGAUGAUGAUCAACAUAGUCCUCCUCUUGGUCCUCAUCAUGGACCACACUGUCCUCCUCAUCAUCACGGACCACAUCACCACCAUCCUCCACCCCAUCAUGAACCACACGGGCCUCCUCACCCUCCUCAUGGACCACAUCAACACUUUCACCCACCACACCAUUGUCCUCCACCUCCUCCCCAUUGUGGUCCACACCACCAUCCUCCUCCUCCUCCCCAUGAUGGAACACAUCCUCCUCCCCAAGAGGAACCACAACAUCCCCCUUCUGCUCCUCCUCCCCAUGAUGAGCCACAUGAUCCUCCUCCUUCCCAAGAGGAAUUGCAUCAUCUCCCUUCCCCUCCUCCAGAAGAUGAUCAACAUAGUCCUCCUCUUGGUCCCCAUCAUGGACCACACUGCCCUCCUGCCCCUCAUGGACCACAUCACCACCAUCCUCCUCCUCCUCACGGACCACAUCACCACCAUCCUCCACCCCAUCAUGGACCACAUGGGCCUCCUCGCCCUCCUCAUGGACCACAUCAACACUUUCACCCACCACGCCAUUGUCCUCCACCUCCUCCCCAUUGUGAUCCACACCACCAUCCUCCUCCUCCUCCUCUCCAUGAUGGAACACAUCCUCCUUCCCAAGAGGAACCACAACAUCCCCCUUCUGCUCCUCCUCCCCCUCCUCAUGGACCACAUCAUCACCAUCCUCCUCCCUACUGUGGCCCACACUGGCCUCCCCAUCAUGGACCACAUCACCACCAUCCCCCUCCCCAUCAUGGACCACAUCACCACCAUCCUCCUCCCCAUCAUGGACCACAUCACCACCAUCCUCCUCCCCAUUGUGGACCACAUCACCCUCCUCCUCCAGGACACCUUUCCCAUCUCUACCAUCACUACUACAGACAUCACCGCAACAAGACAAGGAUAUCGGGAAAAUACUUUCCCUUCCAAAUAAGAGGAGCUGUCUAUCGCAUUCCAGUUCUAAGUCAGCAAGAUCCUCUCCCGCCUCCCACUGCAAACUUUCCUGACCUAUCCCAAAGCAGCCCUCACUCUGCCAGCACUGGUGAAGAUAUUCCCUUCCUUGGCUCAAAUCUAAAGGAGAUGGCAGAAGCUCUGGGUUUUCCAGAUCACGACAUGCAAUCAAAGUCAUGCCCAGGAAAGCCCAGACUCACUUUUCCGAAAAUUUUGCCCUUAUUUCCACAUAGCUCCAUGGCAGAAGAUUCUCCUACAUAACCUCAGAGAAAGAUGUCCUUGGCUUUAGAGCUGCAGGGCUAACGACAGUUGUACAAUGAAUGAAAACAGCCCAUGGAGAAGAGGAAAAAGUGCACAAUUUCUGGAGAGGAAAAGCACUGAAAGUAAUGAUUAAAACAAGUAUUUUGAUUUGCCUUUUGAUCACAGCUAUCUCAGACUCUUCUGUACCUGAAAGGCUCAAAAUUCCGAGUCCCUCAGAUAAUGUGAAUGGGUACAAGUCUCCCCAGCAAACAAUGCUGCUUUAGUUCUAACAAAAAGGAAAAUUCCCUAAUAGUGAAAACUACCUUCUAAAAUCUUUCAUGUUCUCAUCAUGCAUGAUUGUAAGGUACUUCCCUGAGGAAAUCUGACCUAGAGGAAAUCUGAUGACCUUCCAUAAAAAAUUAUCCCUGGCACUACAUUCAUGCUUUAUAGAGAUUUAAAGAAAAUAAAAAUGUGUAAGGCUUUUUCUUGA